AAACUUAAUUGUAAGCAUGUCAAAUCAUCGGGGAAAGGGUGAAGAAACAACAAGUGAAAAGAAACGUGGAGACUUUGCGCAUGCAACAUUUGGCAAUACUUCACGUAAGACAGAGAAUGAAACAAGAACUAAUGAGGGUCUGAGUGAUCCCUUAACGAAAGAAGAUUAUAGUGAAACAGGUGUCAAAGAGAUUUUAAGCCCUUCGAUUAAAAUCUUCAACGACGAAAUCACUCCACUUUCUAACCUAGGGAAUAACAGCGAUCUCUAUCAUGAUUCGAACUAUCCUCAGUUAAUGGAGAGUAAAAGCCUCAAGAAUCAGCGUAGUGUGUUUAAAUUGCUGUUCGAAGAAGACCAGGAUGGCUUAGGAGAGUUCCCUACAGGAUCCGAUUGUCCUUAUAUGGGCCUAAGGAAACUUAAGAACUCUACACAGAGCGCAGAGCAGAAAGAGGAGAAGAGAGUAUCCUGCAUUUUGCACAAACCAACGGAAAAAGAUUGUAAACAGGCUGCAAAGGAAUACGAAAUUCACAAGAAAACUAUAGAGUGUGUCCAAGGACAAAACCAAGAAAUUUGCACCAUAGAAGAAACGUGGAGGACGAGUCCCGAGAGUGAACUGACGAUUCACUGUGAUUUAUCACCCUGCAAGGGACAUCCCGUAAGCGUUACGGGAAUUCACCCAAUGGAGGGCAUAGUGGACAAAGCUAAAGAGGAAUAUAACUUCAACAACUCCAAAGCGCUUGAAAGGUUCCUCGCUCACUUUAUAAUCGUCAACACGCUACGAAGGUUCAGCUUUUGCUUUCUUAGUUGCAAAACUGGGCGUAAAAAGUACGUUUCACAGAUUCUGACUUUCCCUCCGUUGCUAGAGAUAGAAAACUCAGAGUUUCUACCAAACAAGAAAGAGGAGAUUCUUAUUAAUCUUAACAUUGUGGUUUUGGAUUCCGUUUCGCGCGCGCAUUUUUAUCGCUCGCUCCCUAAAACGGUCAGCACUCUUAGAAACAUAGUUUACAACGAGUCUAUCAAAGCGACUGCGUUAGACUUUGAGUUAUUGCAAAGUUCAGCGCCGUUCACGUUCCACAAUAUCCGAGCAUUUAUGUCUGGCAAAAGCGAUUUUAAUUAUGUCGAGCAUUCAAAUGGAACUUACGAGAUAGAAGUUUUGUACAAAAAGUUGAAAAAUCAAGGUUACUACACCCUCCUACAAGAGGACAGUUGUUGGUUUGAUGAAUGGGGUUCCUUAUUCACGAACAACGUGUUCCAAAAUAAAACGCCGCGUAGCUUUGAGGAAUUUGAAUUGCGAUGGGGACGAUUUCAGGACACUAUCAAUGACUAUAACGUCGACGACUUCGGCUUGUCGCAUUCCUCAUGCGAGGUAUUCAAACAGUACAACGUCACCAAUCAGUUUAAUCGACCGCGGAGAAUUUGCUAUGGAGGGAAAGUUUAUUCCGAGCAUUUCUUAGACUACUCGUUGAGUAUUUUUCAAGGCUAUAUUGAUUCUGGGCGAAGACAGCCAGUUUUCGCUUAUACUCAUCUCAGCCCUGGACACGAGGUGACAGGCACACGAAUACAACAAAUUGACGCCGCCCUCUCGGGGUACUUAUACUCCAUUGCCCACGAAGAAGACACGUUAACUAUUUUAUUUUCCGAUCACGGCCCCAAGACGACGUCAUACUCUUUCAAGACUAUGGAAGGGCGAGGGGAAAUUUAUGAUUCGCUUCUCUUUGCCAUCGUUCCAGAGAAAGUCGCUAAUAUUCUUGGAGUGAGACGCAUGGGCGCCAUGGUAACAAACCAAAGACGCCUUCUAACUACUUUAGAUCUUCAUAAUGCAAUAAUGUCAAUUGGAGAUUCAGAAAGAUCCGCUUCUGGCUCAUAUCUCGACGACGGAAUAUUCUCAGAGAUACCUCCUAAUCGGACAUGCGCAGAUUUAUCAAUCAAAGCUGCGGCCGUUUGCAAGUGCGAGGGCUGGGAACAAAUGUUUAAGGAUAAUGACCCACAGUUCAUUUUUCUUGCUGAAUUUGCUUUAGGGAAUCUUAAUAACAAUAUUCAAAUGAAUUUCGUUACAACUCCUAAUAUAACAGGCGGGUUUGGAAAGUGCCAAAGGUUAGUUGGACACAGUUUUGAAAAAAUUCGCAGGAGGGAAGUUGGAGAAAACUAUUUGCUAACGAUGGACUUAGUCGUUGAACCAGGAAAAGAGAUAUUUGAAGUUCAAGUGAGUUACCCGGUGGGAACUUCAGCUAACGGGCGGAAUAACUUCUCAAGGAUAACUGGUAUCCGAAGGGUUAGUAUUUAUCGCAGGUACGAGAAAUGCGUAGACAAACGUGUCAAAGUAGAAUCGUGCGUUUGUGACUCAAAGAAUCAUGGGAGAAAUAUUAGCAACACAAAUUCUUGGAGAUGGUUUGAGAUACAAACCGGGUCAGACGUGUUAGAAACCGUGUUUAGAGCCAACAGUUUUGGUACAAAUUCCGAAGUUAAAGACUUGAACGAAUCGUGUUUGUUGUUAGUCACGAGAAAGCGCGAAAAUCUAGGCGUCACGUUUGAAAUAGCCAACGCCUGCGCCAAGCGAAAAUACAAAGUGAGAAUUACAGGAAAGGGUAAAGGAACAGCCAUCGUUACAAGAAAACUUCCUCUUUCCAUGAUUUUAGAACCGAAGACCGUUCAUUUUGUGAUGAGCGUUCAUUACGUACAAAAACCGUUUGGUUUCUACUUAAAGACUUCGUUUGUGGGUUACAAUGUAUAAUAGUAGCUUAUCUAGCAAAGAUCUGCAUACUUUUGACUUAAUAAA